GCAACAAAAAUGGCGAAAAAAUAUUGUUUGUUUAUAGUUAUCUUUAAUAUUUACAUUUGAAACUACUUUGCUCGUUGCUAUCAUGAAGUGUAGAUAUUUUUUCGCGAGAUGAUAUAGUGCUAAGAAGUUAUGUCGCUGAUUUCAGAUCUUAAUAGACAUGAUGAAAGUCCAAGUCGAUGUGGGGUAGAUACUCCUCUUCUUCAUCAAGCUCAGGAAAUGUUGUUGACUCACCUUCAAAGAAUGAUGUAAUUAACCUUGUUCAUGUGUCACCACCUCGAGGACUAUUGACUCGAAGAUAAACAGCUUUAGGGAAAAACAAGCAAAUUGAAAUCCACGAUGAUACAAAUGAACAAGUUCAAAGUAACGAAAGAAAAAUGUCAGAGGAUUUUAGCAUAAGAGCAUCAAAUUUCACGAUCCCUAAAUUGAAGACUUGUGAAGUUGGUGGGAAAUGGCUGCGUGUGCCAGCUAAACACAGAAAAAUACCAACACAACUAGAAAUCAUGUCAACCUCACAACAAAAAUCACCGAAACAAAGUACUUCUAGCUCAGUUGAAUGUUCUGGAAAAUAUAAACGUUUUCUACAUGGAUCGCCAGUGAGAGGUAGACAAGAGAGAAAGAACUGUAUUUUGGUAAAUUCUCCAUCACCAAAAGCUACUUCUACUAUCUCUGAAGGAAAUUCGAAAAUCACCGCAACUCAAAAUGGAAGCACUCGUCUUCUCAAACCUAUUCUACCUCUCAAAAGAGGUUCGGAUGGACGUUUUGUUGUCAAGCGUCCUUCACUUAGAAGCUCAAAGUCUCGUUGUAAAAUACAACUUUAGAUGAGGAUUCAACAACUACAAUGUCUUCCUCUCCUGUGGAAGAGAAACGAUGCGAUUUAUGUAACGAUGUAAUAACUGGCGGUGAAUGCGAAAUUUGCCCCAAAUCGAGUGAGGAUGCCUUUGAGCUGCAUAGUGUACCCAAUACCAGUGAAGAAAAUAUGGAAUCCUCCGAAGAAUCUUGUUUGAUUAAAGAUGAAGAAGAUUUGGAAAAUAUUAUUGAUGAUAUGAACGAUGAACAAUGUAAAGAUAACGCGUAUCAUUCAAACUUGAUACAGGACGAUUUGUUUUGUGCGUUCUGUGGAAAGGCAAAAAGCAGAAAUGGCUGUGGGUGCUUUUCACCACAGAAAACUUUGACCAUUUCAAGCAAGGGAUUCUAUCCCAACAGUCGACGAGCUCAUCUUAACCAUAGCAUUAUUAAAUACGGUCCAAAAAUCUCAGUUAAACGCAAGCAACAAUUAUCAAAAAAAGUGAAAAAAAGUGCGGAGAAAAAGAGCAAAAGAAGUGGGGAUAACAAUGGUGAGGUGGACAAGCCAGUUGAAAAACCUGAGAAAGUUCCUUCACCUCAAGAACCAGACUUUGUUCAGAUAUCCAGUGACGAAGAUGAAUUGGAUCCUUCAAUCUUAGAGCAAUCUCAUGAAGAUGAAGAUGACAUUGAGGCAGAAAGUGAUGACGUAUUUAAGCCAUUGAAAUCAUCGGAAAAAGGCGAGAAAAUGGCAAAGCCCGUCAAAAAGAUUGCACAGAAAAGGAAAAAAAUCAAAGAUGAUUGUCCGUUAUAUGAAGACACGGAGGCUUCAUCCAUUCAUCUGAUGUUAGAUCGUGUUUUUCUUGGAGAGUUAGACUGCGAACCACAAGAACCCGUUGAGUUCCUAGAAGACAGGAUGAUUAUAAAAGUCAUUUAUGAAAGCAAGCCGCUCUUCUUUCUAUUGGACAAAAGGGAAAUUGAUACAUUUAAGAUUCAUGUAGAAAACGAACCUUAUGUUAUUUUACUUACCAUAACACCUGGUUGCGCUGCAAAGUUUAACAGCAGAUAUAAAGAAUAUGGCAAGUAUAUUUGGCCUUCAGAUCGUUGCUACAGACAGAAGUAUAUCGUGCUCCAUCUGAAAAAUGCAAUCGAUGGCCCUCCAUUGGAAGCUCUUGUUCAAUUGGUUAAUCUUAAUUUGUUAAAAAAGGUUGAAACAAUUAGCCAAGAAGCAGCAGAGGCUGAAAUGAAACGGAUUCGUGAAUCGUUUGAUGAACAGACAACUAAACCUGCGUCCAAAUCUGAGCAGUUAAAUACUUGUGUGUCUACAUCGAGCUCACAAAAAACGAAAGUUGUACGAACAUCACCAGUGUUUAAAACUUACAGUACUCGCUCUAAGAAGGCAGAAGCUGAACCCAGUCAAACUUUACCUUCGCAAACACCAAAGACGAUUUUGGUUUAUCAAAGCUCAAGUAAAACGAGCGGUUCAUUUACCAUAACGAGCAAUGAUAAACUAUGCCUCGAACCUGAUGUCUUUUUAAAUGAUGUCAUUAUCGACUUCUAUCUGAACUAUCUUAUCAACGAAAAACUUUCCCAGCAAGACCGCGAAAGGGUUCAUUUAUUCAGCACAUUUUUUUAUUUAAGACUCACGCAGAAAUUUACUGACAACUCAGCUGAAGUGGGCUCUCCAUCAAACAUGCAUCGUUUAGUGAAAUCUUGGACAAAGAAUGUUGAUAUCUUUUCAAAAGAUUUCAUUGCAAUUCCAAUGAACGAAAGUUCACACUGGUUUCUCACUAUAAUAUGCUUCCCAAGAAUGGUUGUGCAAAAAAUUGAAGACAAUCUUGAAGAAACAGUUGUGCAGGAAGAACCAACGGAGGAAAGAUGUCAAGGAAGUGAGGAGACGAAAGACAGUGAUUUAGACGAUUUUGAAUUAAAAUGCACUCCCCCCAAGACUAAGUCAAAAUGUGGAAGAAAACGAAAAUCCAAAGAAGUAUUGCCUAGGAAAGAGUGGCCUUGUAUUUUAAUCUUUGAUUCACUUGGAUCGCAUCGACGUGCAAAAGCUAUAAGUAAUUUAAGAAAUUAUUUGAAUUGCGAAUGGAGAGAAAGGAAAGACAGCAGUGCUGGUGACAUUUUUAACACUCAAUCAAUGAAGGGAUCAUACCCAAAGGUACCCCUACAGUUCAAUUUCUCAGACUGUGGUCUUUAUGUUUUACAAUAUUUUGAAAGCUUCUUUGCGAAUCCAGUGAAAGACUACAGGCCUCCAAUCAAUUUACAAUCAUGGUUUACACAGGAGACAAUGGAAAAUAAACGUACUGAUAUUCUAAAUGUUAUUCAAAAGUUGGCAGAUGAAACAAAACAGCUAAAGAGCUUAUAAGAUAGAUGAUUUAGUUAUUUAAUGUAGAUUCUAUCUAUCGGUAAAACAAAUGGCAAAUUUAAUCUGGUGUUAUAGCCAGCAGAUAUGUACUUAUGUAUACUAACUACAUAAAUAGAAGAUUUUAUGCAUAAUUGUUAGACAUUAACUUAUUUAAUGACAAUGGGAAAGUCAGUGUUUAUUAUGUUGUAUAUUUGUUCCUAUAUUUUCAAAUAAAAUUUUACAGAUACGAUA